AUGUUCAGCAUCUGUAGUAAUAGGUCAUCACUAGUGCCAAGCAGGGCCAAAGUUUAUGCAGACGUUAUUCCAAACAAACCCCGAGAAUACUGGGAUUAUAAGUCAUUCCGUGUAGAGAGAUGGGGGAAUUAUAAAGACUACCAGAUCAUUCGAAAGAUAGGCCAGGGAAACUACAGUGCCGUAUAUGAAGCCGUCAAUAAAAUAAGUGAUAAAAAGGUUGCCAUUAAAAUGCUCAAGCCCAUAAAAGAGAGUAAAGUCAAGCGUGAAAUUAAGAUUUUGAAGAAUCUGCAAGGUGGCCCCAACAUCAUACAUUUGGUAGACAUGAUCAUAAUCCCUCAUUUAGGAGUCCCUGCCUUGGUGUUUGAGCAUGUAAAUAACAAAAGCUACCAGCACUUGUACCCGAUAUUAACUGAUAAUGAUAUCCGGUUCUACACUUAUGAGAUUCUAAAGGCCUUGGAUUAUAGUCAUAGCAUGGGGAUUAUGCACAGGGAUGUGAAGCCCCAUAAUGUCGUGAUUGAUCACGAACGCAGAAAUCUACGGUUAAUUGACUGGGGAUUGGCAGAAUUUUAUUAUCCUGGACAAAUAUAUAAUGUCCUGGUGGCUUCGCGAUACUUUAGAAGUCCUGAGCUGCUUGUAGAUUAUGAGAUGUAUGAUUAUAGUUUAGAUUUAUGGAGCCUGGGCUGUAUGCUGGCGAGUAUGAUCUUCCGCCGAGAACCAUUUUUUCGUGGUCUUCAUAAUUAUGAUCAAUUGGUGAAGAUAGCCAAAGUUCUGGGUACAGAUGAUCUAUAUCAUUAUCUUGACAAAUACAAAAUUAAAUUAAAUCCAUAUUUGAAAAGCAUGGUAGGCAGACACUCCCGGAAGAACUGGGAGAUCUUUGUUAACGAUGGAAAUAAACACCUUGUCAGCCCAGAGGCCUUUGAUUUCCUAGACAAGGUGCUAUGUUAUGAUCAUCAGUCACGCCUUACUGCCAAAGAGGCUAUGGAACACCCCUAUUUCUUUAGUAUUGUGAAGAAGGAAGGUCAGACAGGUUCAGGUAGAAAACCAGAUGCCAGUAAGCCUGUCCGUGCAAGCAGUGUGAGGCCAGAGGCUUCUUCAGAGUCACCGCCUUCUAAGAUCAUCCGAAAGGUCAAAUAUUUACCUCGCAUUCGCAAAUAA